AUGAAAUUUCAGGAGUCUGAUGUAAAGGAUAUCACUGAAAGAUACGAUUCAGGCUGCACGUGGAAUCUAUCUAUCUAUCUAUCUAUCUAUCUAUCUAUCUAUCUGAGACUGACUGAUUAUCUAUCUAUCUAUCUAUCUAUCUAUCUAUCUGAGACUACUAUCUAUAUCUAUCUAUCUAUCUAUCUACUUAUCUAUCUAUCUAUCUAUCUAUCUGAGACUGUUGAUUAUCUAUCUAUCUAUCUAUCUAUCUAUCUAUCUAUCUAUCUAUCUGAGACUGUUGACUAUCUAUCUAUCUAUCUAUCUAUCUAUCUGAGACUGUUGAUUAUCUAUCUAUCUAUCUAUCUAUCUAUCUAUCUAUCUAUCUAUCUAUCUGAGACUUUUUCUUCCUUAUCACCAUUUUGUCUUGAUACCUGCCUAAAAAUCUAUCGCAUAUCUUUCCUUUCUCGACAUGUGUAG